GAUACCGCAUUCACAACUCUCAAAGAUAGCGUAUCCAUACAAAUCUUCAAGAUCCAAAGCAACGUACAGGGUAUACAACGUGCUGUGGAUAAAUUGGGAGGACCUCAGGAUGGUCCAGCAUUACGAACGAGUUUACACAACCUCACAGAAGCCACUCGCGAAAUGAUCAAAAAGUCCACAGAGGACGUCAAAACCCUAGCUGCUUUCCCCACUGGUGGUCCUGGGCAAGGACAGAGAAAACCGAUCCAAACGAAAUUAUCAAAAGAAUUCACUGUAGCUCUCACUGCGUUUCAGAAAGUCCAACGUGCUUCAGCGGAGAGACAGAGGACUUCUGUGGAGAGUCAGAAACGACAGGUGGAUAGGAUGGUCGAGGAUGCCGACGCCAAUUCUGAAGAUACGCUCUGGACACUCGAGCUCCCAAGAUAUGGCCAACGUGAGCUCACACGAUGCAGGGUAUCAACACAAGAAUUAGAAUUCCAAGAAACUCUCAUAGCUGAACGCGAAGCUGAAAUCCGAGAAAUAGAAUCAGGUAUACAUGAAUUGAAUGAUAUCUUCAGAGAUUUAGGUACUAUAGUAGUUGAACAAGGAGGUUUGAUAGACAAUAUCGAAAGUAACAUCGUUUCUGUUGCUCAAAACACCUCGAGCGCAGCUGAAGAACUCACCACGGCUCAUGAAUAUCAACGCAAGGCAGGGAGAAGAAUGGCAUGUUUGUUGAUUAUCCUCGUUGUUGUCGUUUUGGUUAUUCUCCUAGCUGUGAGUAUAGUAUUCCGUUUCUUACUCCCCACCUCCUCUUUUCACUUCCUCUCCGCCUUCACCCUUUCGAGGAUUUUUUGUUGUCAUCUUCCCUUUCUACUUCCACUUUGUUUAUAUAUUUUCGCUCUAGUACCGAAAUGCUAUGCACAGAGCGUAUGA